AUGACUCGGAACUUACUUUGCUUGUGCCUGUUAUGGAUUACUGUUGUUUGCAAUGUAUCAGGUCAGUUUGAUGCAAAUUUUACCCUUCAAAAUGUUUGGGGAAGACUUCAGGAUGGUGCACGGUCCAUAAUUCAAUGUCUCAGUGAUGAUGCCCAUAAGAAAAUCAAGUUUUCUAGAAAAUUGGAUACCGGACAAGGUUCCAAACUGUCAAAGCAUUCCCAGCAGUUUAUGCAAGGGAAACCCGCCUAUGCCCGCAUCCUGUUCAUGCCAAGCGAAGAUUCUCUGUCCCGAUUCGGCGUGUUUCAGUGCAAAAUCAUCAAACAGAAUAUAGCAACGGAAAUUGUUACCUUGAAGCUACCCCCUACAAAUAUAGCUGAGUUGGAUGCUUUGAACCCUUAUAUGGUAACCAGUAUAGGAGAGGAGGUAGAACUUGAAGUGAAUGUAACAAAAAGCCUGCCUCUGACCUUGAAAUGGCUCCACGACGGUGUGGAAGUUCCCGAUUGGGAGGGACAAGUCAAAAUACAAAUCCACGAUGUGCAGCAGUCCGAUGCCGGUAUUUAUGAAUGCUAUUACGAAGGAAGACGAAGUGACAGUGUCCACGCUAUUCUACGUCUUAUAGUAAGAAAUUGCCCACCAGAGCUGUAUGGAACAGACUGUAGCAGCCAGUGUCCACCUUGUUACAACGGAGGUGUAUGUCACGAUAAAUGGGGUGUAUGUGUUUGCCCCGCUGGUUUUGCAGGACUCAAUUGCGAAAUGGCGUGCGGCGGCAAUCAUUUUGGGGCUGACUGCAACAAAUUCUGCUCUCCCCCACAAAAUAAUAGUAACGCAGAUGAGCUGUGUGCCUCUCAUCUGUUCUGCAAGCCCGAUCCCUAUGGAUGUUCCUGUGCUCCCGGGUUCAAGGGUCCGAUCUGCAUGCAACAUUGUGAUCCUGGUUGGUAUGGCGCAGAUUGCAAACAACCUUGUCACUGUGCGUAUGGGAUCAGUUCCUGCAAUCGGAUUACUGGCGCUUGUGAAGGAGGCUGCGCUAGAGGCUGGAGGGGGAGCUCUUGUCAGAUAGAAGAUCCGAAUUCCAACAGUAAUUUCAUUGAAACAACAACCAUGGCCUACUGCAAAGCAGGUAGUUAUGGUCCAAGCUGUGAGAGACCAUGCCGCUGCGCAGGUGGUGAACACUGCCAAAUCGUCACCGGACACUGCCCCUCCGGAUGUGAAGAAGGAUGGGGAGGGCCAUCGUGUGGAGUUUGCUUGAGUGGGAGAUUUGGAGAAAACUGCGAGUAUACGUGCCACUGUGAAGGAGGACAUCACAAUUGUGACAAAGAUGGCUUCUGUUAUUCUGGAUGUCAAGCAGGUUGGGCCGGAUUCAUCUGCCAAACAGAAUGCACACCGGGACGCUUCGGCACUAACUGCGCAUCUGCUUGCCAUUGCCACCGAAACUCUUCGACGCCUUGUGACAAAAUCACUGGUUUCUGUGAAGGAGAUUGCGAAGCUGGCUUCAUGGGUAAAGACUGCCAAACGUUGUGUCCACAAAAUACAUACGGAGUCAACUGCUUGAAUAAAUGCAUCUGUGGCAACGCCGGCAUCUGUAACCGCGUCGAUGGGUCAUGCAAAUGUGAAGGAAGGUGGAGAGGUUUGACUUGUAACGAAAGUGAGCCACAGAUUAUCGCAGCGAGUGAUGAUGAAGUGAAUGUCAAUCAUCAGGUGUUUGUCUCUUGUACUGCAGAUGCUGUUCCGGAGCCUAUAAUGAAUAUAUCUUCCAGUGAAUUUCCCGGUCUAGUUUUGGGAACUAGAUCUCUGGAAAAAGACCAGUACCAAGCUAUUGCCAAAGUGAAACCUGAGAAAUCUGGAGAGUUUGAAUUCAAAUGCACUGCGCGUAACCAACAUGGAUUCGACAUGAAGUUGCUGACACUCACCGUUAUAGAUCCGCCCAGAUUAGCAUCAAAACCACAUCUCGUUGAUAAAACAAAUUUUUCCUUGACCGUUGAAUGGAGUGAAUGGGCAUAUAAACGUGAUGAUGGUGGAAGUCCAACGGAUAGAAUCGAGUAUUUGGAAAGUAUAUUUUAUGUAAUGUACAGAAAGGAAGGAGACGAAGAGUGGGUCAAAGUAGAUAGUUGGAACCUUGGCUUGUCAAUCGUUAUAGCAGAUUUGACACCCAAUACCGAGUACGAAAUAGCUGUGAGAUGCAGAAGACUCGGUAAGGGUGGAGAAGGAGACAACAGCCCAAGCUUGAUCGCUAAGACAGAUUGUGGAGUACCAACAGUUGAUGGAAUACCUCAAGAAUUUUUGCCUGAUACCAUCUCUGAAACUACAGUAACUCUCACGUGGAAGAAACCAUCAGAAAUUCUGCUUCAUUGUUCUCUCAUUGGAUAUUACCUGAUGUACCAUCCCGAAGCUGAUGAGUCCAUUUUGGAGACGAGAGAGAUUGGAGGAACGGAGAACAGGGUCGAAUUGGUUGACUUGACCCCCAACACGAAUUAUGUCCUCCGGCUAUAUCCUAUUACUGCGUUAGAAAAAUCGCACUAUUUCGCUGAACUUAUCAUAAAAACUUCUGAAACUGUACCAGGCCCAGUGACUGACCUAGAGUGCCAAGCUGUGGAGACGCAGCCAGAUCUAUUGCUAGUCUCCUGGGAAGCUCCAUCUGAAGUGAACGGUGCUAUUAAAGGGUAUGUUGUCACUUAUGUGCUAGUGGAUCGAGGACAAUGUGGAGACACGGAGCCUACGAUUGAUCCUGCCAUGCGACAAAUGCACUCAGAAGACACGGAGAUUACGCUCCAAAAUUUAUAUCCGUACUCGACGUACAAUGUGACAGUCCAAGCAAAAACAUCGGCAGGUGAAGGUGACGCUGUUUAUGCCUUAGCAGUUACAGCAGAGUCAGGUCCUGCUAAGCCUCCACCGAAUGUUCGCGUGCCGUCACACACGAGUCGAUCUUUAGAAUUCGAAUGGGAUCCUAUCCCCUGUGAAUUUGCCAACGGUGCCAUCACUCAUUAUGAAUACUUGCUGGUCAAAACCGAGGAAGUGAAUCCAGUCUACUUGGUUCGCAGAAAGCGAUCCGGUGACCUUCCUUCACACAACGACACGCUGCACGUUGUAGAAGGACUAAAGAUUAAGUUGGAGAACCUGCUUCCUUACACAGAAUACGGAUUUAGGGUCAAUGGAGUCACAAAGUUUGGAGAAGGACCUUUGUCGGAUAUGCUUUUCCAUAGAACUUCUGAGGAAGUGCCUGGACCUCCUCGUCAUCCCUUCCUGACAGCAGCGUUUCCGGAUAGAUUAGAGAUUGCAUGGUCGGAACCUGAAAAAAAAAACGGGGAAAUCAUUCGGUAUCGACUGCAGCUCUGGGACCACAGCCAAUCUCGUCUUAUCGCAGACAUCACUUACAGCGUCUCCAAAGAGGAUGGACAAAUCUUGAAGACACUUGUCGCCGGCCUCAAUCCAGCCACGGAUUUUUUCAUCAAAGUUCAAGCAUCUACUUCUGCUGGUUGGGGUGAAUUUUCUAGCCCAGUCCCUGUGAGAACAUUGGAUGGAGUCCCGAAUGAACCAUCUGCAAUUUCUGCUUCUGAUAAUGGACUGAACACUAUAAAUAUUUCCUGGAGUCCACCGAAAGAAACUAAUGGAAUCAUACUCAACUAUAAGGUUACUUACAAACCGGUCUUGACUCUGGAUCCAGCCUUCAAUAGCACCCCCUUCACAUUAUUGUGGUUGGAAGUGAACGGUAACACCACGGAAUCAAGUCUCUCGAACUUGCACCCCAGUACAGAGUACAAGAUUGGAGUUUCUGCCGAGACCUCUGCGGGACACGGGCCGGAAGCUGUCAUUAAAUCCUGGACGGUUAUAUUGGGAGAUCACGUUUCCCCAUCACUGAGGACAGUUACAGUGGAAGUUACAAAUGAAACAAUUCCGAUAGCCUUUUCCACUACUGGUAGCACUUCUGUUUACAAAUAUCAAGUGAUAGUCGAAGACGGUUGGAACCAGGACCCCAUUGACGAAAGCCGCCUCAGCAACUACACGGAAGCAGUGGUGAAAAACAAAUUACCCUACUACAUCGCAGCAGAACUGGACGCAAGAAAUGUCUCCGACGACGCCGAGCAGUCCUUCGUCGUUGGCGACAAGCGAACUUACGGGAACUACAGGAACGUUCAUCUGAAUCCAGGCCACAGAUAUAGGAUCAGGAUCCGGACGCUGGUCUUCAAGGAUCAAGAAAUAAAAUCCAUUUUGUCCGAACCUAGAAAUGAGACAGCAGCGCCCACUUUUAUUGAAAUGAAUCGCACGAUGGUCGAUCAAGACACAAUCGCCCUUAUCCUUUUGCUACUUGUAAUAAUGGUUUUCAUUAUUGCAAUUACGUUCCUGACAGUUCUAGCUGUGUAUCACAAAAGGCGUAGAAAGAAAUCAACAAAUUCUUUCUCUACGCGGGAUUCCGGACUUUCUGGUUCGAUGACAUGGUCAGUGAUGUACAAAGUUCCAGAAAACGAAUCUUCAGACGGUCCUCUGGUAGCAGAUGGUUUCCGGACGCUCCCACUCUGCGAGAAACAUGUAUCCUUGAAGCGGACCAAAAGUGAUAGCAAAAUAGCAAGAGGCAUGAGAGUUGAAACAUUGGAAGAUUUUGUGGCAAAUGCUCUCGCUACCAAUCAACUUGUAGACGAAUUCAAGAGAUUAGUAGAAGGCCAAACCUCACCUUGGACAGCUGCACGAAAAAGCGGUAACCUGAAGAAAAAUCGUUAUGGAAAUAUCUUGCCUUAUGAUCGUUGUCGAGUGGUCUUACAAUCAGGCAAAAAUGAGUCCGACUACAUAAAUGCCAGUUAUGUGGAUGGUUACAGAAGACCACGGGAGUACAUUGUUACACAAGGACCUUUGGACAAUACAAUCGAUGACUUCUGGCGGAUGGUGUGGCAAGAAAACUCACCUGUAAUUGUUAUGGUUACGGAUCUCGUAGAAAAUGGAAAGAAGAAAUGUGCAAAAUAUUGGCCUGACGACUCUAUGAUGUGUGGUGACAUGCAGGUGUUGUUGAUUCAUUCGGAAGAAAAUACGGACUUCAUCAUUCGAACUAUUCUUAUCAGGAAAAUGGAUGAAAUUAGAACGCACCGUGUGCUUCAGUACCAGUACACGGCGUGGCCAGACCGUACAGUGCCCAUGAACACAAACUAUUUCAUUAAAUUUUUGAGAAGAGUAAGAGACGAUCAUCCUGUGAUGGGAGGUCCUAUGAUCGUUCACUGCAGCGCUGGUGCUGGAAGGUCUGGUACAUACGUUGCAAUUGACGCGCUGUGCCAACAAGCUGCUGAGGAUCGCAGGGUGGAUGUCUUCGGGUUUGUGAACAAUGCCAGACAUCAGCGAGUUCAUCUGGUGCAGACACUGGAACAGUACACAUUUAUUUACGAAGCUCUUAUCGAAGCAGUCCAAUACGAAGAUACCUCCAUAUCGUUGGACAAAAUUGCACUUUACUUAAAAGAAUUGAAUUAUAUGAAUACUUUGGAUAAGAGGUCUUUUAUCCUUAAGCAAUAUAAUAAGCUCAACAGGACGCAGAAGAAAGUUGAUGUCAGCCGCUGUUCUGUAGCUCUUUCUGAAGCAAAUAUUUUCAAGAACAGAGAUCCUUUAACAGUUCCAUUGGAUUCCUCUCGAAUAAAACUGUUUCCUGACAGCACGACGGAAGAGGGAUCUGAUUACAUCAAUGCAGUCUUUGUUGACGGUUAUCGAAAGAAAGCAGUCUACAUCGCAACUCAAAUGCCGAUGACGCACACUGUGGACGAUUUCUGGCGCAUGAUUUACCAUUACAAAUCAUCACUCAUCAUCAUGCUCAAUGGAAGUGAUGAAACUGAAGACCUGAAUAUUGGAAUCUAUUGGCCAGAAAUCGAGUCUAGUGCAUUUGGAGAUCUUGAAGUCCAUCUAGUCAGUUCAGAAAAACACAGCGAACUCAUCACUCGCAUUCUAAUGGUCUCAAAUCCAUACAUGGUAAAAAAAAAUCCUCACAAAGUGGUUCAGCUGCAGUAUAAAGGUUGGUGUUCGGAGAUGAAAGCCGCUUCCAUGAUCAAAUUGGUACAAAUUUCUGAAUCAUGGCACGGAACGUUGGCCGAAGGACCCAUCACAGUGCACUGCAUGGAUGGUGCAACUCGCAGUGGAUUGUUCAUAGCCGCUGGUUUUAUUUGCGACCAAGUGAAACAUGAAGAAUGCUUGGAUAUCUUCCAGGUCGUAAAGAGCAUUCGCACCAACAGGCCAGAGUUUAUUCCAAAUUCUGAUCAAUAUCGAUUUUUGUUUGAAGUGGCGCUUGAAGUUGCAGAGCCCAUUUUGGAAAAAAAUGAAAAUCAACAACCCCCCAAAAAACUCACAUUUAAACUUUGAUUCUUUGUGAUUGAAAAUCAGUGAAAAGCAAUUCAUACCUUCAGUGCGAGUUACAAGUUGUUGAGUGAUUUGCCUUUAUUAUGUACAUAUUCUUUGUUCCUUAAUAAUUUUAUCUUUGAUACAUUUUUUUGUCUGAUGAUUAAACUUUAGCCAAUAAUGUUUGCCUUAAUAGAUAGCAUAUUAUUGUACUGGGAUCAUGCAAAAUAUCAGCUGUAAUGCUACAGUUAUCCAGUCUGAUACCUUGAAAAUUUUUAAACACAUUAGCUAGCGUUUUGGGCUUGAUGUGUUUUUCUUUGGUUUCAACAAAACUCAUAACAACAAACCAAACCAGUAGAAUGUAUGAAUGUUUUAAAAAGCGUAAAAUCAUAAAGAUAUUGCUGCAUCAAUGCAUAAUGUCUUCAGCAAUAAAAAUACUUAAGCUAAAAAGUCAUAACUUAAUUUCAACUAUCAACUUUUCUCGACAAGUAUUGGAAUGAUUAGUUUAGAAGAAUUUAACAUAAAGUAAAACAUGAAUAUAUUUUAAAAAUGUAUGUAUUAAAAUAUAUUUUUUUUUGGUUUAAUUUUUGAAAUUCAAAAUGAAUUUUGCUAAAAUUUGGCCGGGGGUUUGCAAUUUUUCAUUUAAUUCUUACCAUAUAAUUUAUAUUAUUCUAUAUUUGUAUUAUAGUACUGUUUUCUACUGCACACGAUUUGUUCUUUUCUCUAGAUCUGCUGUGAUAUACUUGUCCAUUUUGUAAAUCCUUUUGACUGAAAAAUAAUCGUGCAUUGUAAAAUAAAAUUUCG